GGCCGAUAUCGGCUGCACGCGACCGAUAAUGAGCUUUGUUGAAGCUGGGAAUUCAAUUCCGCGUUCACUGUCUCUCUAUUUCCAUUGUACGAUAAAAGACAGCAGCUUAUCAGCCUCGCGUCCCCAGAAGGCUCUAGCAGACCCUCAAGUUGCAGGGCCGAUAACUUCAGAAUACCUCAAGAGUCUAAAAUUUUAGUUCCGAGACUUUGUUUAGACGUUUGACGUUUAGUCUAGACCCGAGGCAGCACUCCUACUUCAGGCCUUUGUUUUAUAUAUUCCCUGAAUUUAUUAUAUGUACAAUACGUGACAAUGCAGUCCUAUCUUCAGAUGCGCCGUAUCCGGCAAAGCGUCACAGAAAUCUGCUCUGACAGUGAAAAGAAUAUCGCGUCACAACUACCUUCUCAGCAUGCCUCCUCGAACAGCUCGACCAGCAGCUCCCCUCCUCCUCUAGAAACAGGUGCUGGAAUCCUCAGUUGUGCAAGCCGUUUGGAAAAGGAGUCGGCAGAUGAUAGUGCGGAUGAUGUCUUUAUCGUGGGUUGGGAUGGUCCAGAUGACCCAUCCAACCCCAGAAAUUUUUCCCUGACUAUAAAGUUGGGCACGACUCUUAUAGUGGCCAUGAUUGCCUUCGUUGUCGGUGCUGCUUCUGCAACUGAUUCUGCAGUGUUGAAGCAAAGUUCAGAAGAGUUUCAUGUUAGUGAGGUUGUUGGCAGUCUGUCAACAGGUGCAUAUUUAAUCGGCUAUGCUUUUGGAGCCGUCUUAGCAGCGCCGUUUUCGGAAACUCUUGGACGGAAUCUCAUUUACGGCUCUACUAUGUUUCUUUUUAUGUGCUUCAUAAUGGGUUCUGCUCUUGCUCCCAAUAUUGGGGGUCAGAUUGUGUUGCGCUUCUUUUCAGGCUUUUUUGGCUCCACGCCUUUGGUAUGUGCUGGUGGUUCCAUCGCGGACCUUUGGGACCAAAUGGACAAAACAUAUGCCUUUCCCUUGUAUGGAGUCACAGGCUUCGGUGGACCUGUGAUGGGUCCGGUCAUUGUCAGUUACAUUGGCCCAGAGCUUAAUACAUGGCGAUGGGCAGAAUGGAUGAAUCUAUUCAUGGCAACUCUUGCGCUAAUAAUUAUCCUUGCCUUCAUGCCUGAGACCUUCGGCCCAUUGAUUCUCAAAUGGAAGGCAAAAGAUAUUCGCAAAGUUACUGGUGACUCGCGGUACAAAGCCGAAUUGGAGGUGACGCACAAAAAGUUCAGUACACGGAUGAAAGUGGCUUUGACCCGUCCAUUUGUGAUGGCAACCGAGCCCAUUAUCAUCUUGAUGGCGCUGUAUAUGACUGUCAUCUAUAUUAUCCUUUUUACGUUCCUGGAUGGCUUCACAUAUAUUUUUGACAAUGUAUACCAUAUUGGUCAAGGACUCACAAACGUGUGUUUUCUUGGUCUUUUCAUAGGCAUGCUUCUGCCUUCUAUCCUGAUUUAUCCGGUAUACAAGAUUACUGCAAAAGAUUUGGUGAAAGUCCAAGCAGAGGGGCGACGUGAUUUAGAUCCUGAGGUUCGCCUGUGGUUCGGAAUGAUGGGUGGAUCUGUCUCGAUUCCAGUUGCAUUACUUUGGAUGGGAUGGACGGACUAUGCCAGUAUUAGCAUUUGGUCUCCGCUCAUCGCCUCAGCACUUUUUGGAUAUGGAGUUUUGUGCAUUUUCAUCACUGUGUAUAUGUACGUAAUUGAUUCAUAUGAGAUCUACGCUGCGUCUGCUCUUACAUUGGUUACAUUCAUGCGAUAUUGUGUGGCUGGUGGAAUGACUGUUGCUGGAAUCCCCUUCUACAAGAAUAUGGGCCCUCAUUGGACAUUAACCAUCCUGGCAUGUAUCAGUUCCCUUCUGGUUCCUCUACCGUAUGUCUUUUAUUUCUGGGGGAAAAAAAUACGUGCUUUUAGCAAGCAUGCUGCUGUCAAAGUUUGAACGGUAUGGAGUUCGCUAAUCGCAUGAGAGAUGUUGUUUUUGGCUUUGUUUGUGC